GAGAUUGGACCUUGGACUGAGCUGUUCUACUAAGCUUUUGAAGCUUCGACGAUUGCAUGGAUGUGGUUAAAAACCUCGUUUAAUGAAUGUUCGAUCAGUGGUGUAGUCUCCCGUCAAUGUUGGAAUACGAUAUUGCUAUCAUUAAUUCUUCGAUUCCUAUCGAACCUGGCAGAAUGAAGUUGUCUUCGAACGUCAAUCUGCAAUCACAUGAAAAGCCCAGUUAUAAAUCGAAUUCAUUGCACAUUGCUGCUGGUUAUGGUCACAAAGAGAUCGUAGAAAAUAUUUUGAAUUCCGGAAUGGUGAGUGUAGAUGCUACGGAUGAGAGUCGUUUGGUUCCCCUCCACAACGCUGCCUCUUUCGGGCAUCUGGAAGUCGUGAAGCUCUUGCUGCAGAAAGGGGCAUCUCCAAACGCCCAGGACCAAUGGGGUUUCACGCCUCUGCACGAGGCUGCUAGCAAGAACAAAGUGGACAUCUGUAUCAAUCUUCUGCAAAAUGGAGCAGACCCGACAAUGCGAAACACAGAUGGAAACACUCCCAUAGACGUAGCAGUGGGCGAUGCAGCAUUGGUAUUGUCCGGCCAAUACCGUAAAGCUGAACUAUUGGAGGCUGCUCGAGCGGGAGAUGAGCUCACCCAGCUGUCUCUUCUGACUCCUCUGAAUGUGAAUGUUCACGCCUGCGAUGGUCGCAAAAGCACACCUCUUCAUCUAGCUGCAGGAUACAAUCGCAUCAAGGUUGUUCAACUCCUGUUGUCUAAUGGAGCAAACGUGCAUGCAAAGGAUAGAGGUGGCCUAGUGCCUCUCCACAAUGCAUGUUCCUAUGGCCACCUGGAAGUCACAGAGCUGCUGCUGCAAUAUGGAGCCCAUGUCAACGCCCCAGACCUGUGGCAAUUCACGCCCCUGCACGAGGCUGCCCAGAAGGGCCGCGAGGAUAUUUGUGAAUUGUUAUUGGCUCACGGCGCAGAUCCCACUUCCCAGAACUGUAACGGUCAAUGUGCUGCUGAUUGUGCUAUUAGCGUGGAUUUGGGAGAUAAAAUGUUAAGGAAGCAUCGCGGUUAUGCGUUAUUAAACGCCGCUAAAAACUGUGAUCUGGCCUCCUUGAAGAAACUGGUCUCAUUAGACUCGGAAAAUAGUACAAACCAAAGAGAACCGCUAGCUUCGUUCUCUCAUUUGCUCACACUCAAUACUGCCUUACACUGUGUAGCUCAGUCGAGCUGCUCGAGCAAGAAAAAACUGUCGGCAGUGACGGAUUUUCUUGUAAAAAAAGGAGCGGACGUGAAUGCUAAGAAUAAAGACAUGCUGACCGUGUUUCACAUUGCGGCCGACGAGAACAAUGUUGCAGUGGUUGAGAGUAUAAUGAAAGUGAGUGAGAAGAGCGUGCGAGUGAAGAAUGCGUUGGACCAGUUCGGCCACUCAGCUUUACACAGGGCAGCGAGGUCAGGCAACCAUCAGGUGUGGCGGAGUCUGUUAGCCCAUGGAGCGGAUCCAACCAUACUGUCUCUACAGGGAAAGACAAGUGUGCAGAUGGUGAGAGACAAGAAGAUGCAACAGUUGAUGCAAGAGGAGUCACUGACUUGUAGCAAAGAGAUCAACAGGCAGCUCUUGGAGGCAUCCAAAACAGGAGAUGUCGAUCUACUGCGUCGCAUCUGCCAUCCUCGCAAUAAAGACUGUCGGGACGUUGAAGGUAGACACUCCACUCCUCUGCACUUCGCCGCAGGCUACAACAGGAUAGACGCAGUCCGUUUCCUCCUCUCCUCAACAGUGGGGGCGGAUGUGCACGCCAAAGACAGGGGAGGACUUGUGCCUCUGCAUAACGCCUGUUCAUAUGGUCACUAUGAGGUGUGUGAAUUGUUGCUGCAGCAUGGAGCUGACCCAAAUGCGUGCGAUUUGUGGAAGUUCACUCCUCUGCAUGAAGCUGCAGCGAAGGGCAAGUAUUCCAUCUGCAAGCUAUUACUCUCUUUUGGUGGAGAUUCUCUUCGGAAGAACCGGGACGGCAACUCGCCUCUGGACUUUGCUCGGGAGCGGGAGGACCCGGAGAUCUACGAUUUACUGCUGGGGGAUAAGGCAAUCAUAGAUGCGGCUAAGAAGGGGGAGUUGAGUCGGCUGGCGAAGCUAGUCAACUGUGAGAACAUAAACUGCAGGGACACUGAAGGCAGGAAUUCGACUCCUUUGCAUUUGGCGGCUGGCUAUAAUAACGUCGAGGUUGCAACCUUUCUGCUGGAGAACAACGCAGACGUCAACGCCAAAGAUAAAGGAGGUUUGAUACCUUUGCACAAUGCAGCUUCGUAUGGCCAUGCCGAAAUUGCAGCACUGUUGUUGCAGUACGGGGCAGAUAUCAAUGCACAAGAUAGGUGGGGGUUCACAGCCUUACACGAGGCAGCUUACAAAAACAGAACGGCUAUUUGCGCCCUUCUUCUGUCACAUGGAGCAGACCCAAAUAUAAAAGACCAUGAAAAUAGGACUUGUCUGGACAUAGCACAGGGUCAUGAUGUAACCGCAUUGCUACGCGCAGCUGCAAUGCCGAAGAAAAAACUAUGUAUGCAACCUUAUGUAAACUCGAAUGGGGUUUGCCCAGUCACAGGUGCCCCGCUGAUAAUGCCUGCAAUCAUUUGUUCAACUAGUAGUCCCUCCAAGGUCAUCUGUUCACGCGAUAAUUUAGGCGUGAAAACGAAAACCAAAAAUUCAGUGCAAAGACUAAUUUCACAAGCUGUAGGAUCUGCUUCAAAAGUAGUCAAUAUAGUAUCGCAGGAUUGCGGCGGAGCCGUCGAAAACCGUAAUAUGCUUUUUUCACCCCACUCCAAAGAGUGGUUGUCAGAUUCGAACUCUACUAGCGAAGAGGUCGAGAACCCGUUUGAACCAUUCAAUCCAUUUUGCAUAACAUUAAAAGAGUUUUUGAAGGUCACAAAUUGUGAGAAUUUGACUUCUAUUUUCGAAAGAGAGGAAAUCACUAUUGACAUUUUGAUAGACAUGACCCAAGACGACUUAAAGUCGAUCGGAAUUACAGCCUUUGGACACCGUCACCGAGUGACGAGGGGUCUGAAGAAACUAUCCGAGUUCAAACAGGACUACGGAUCCACAAUCAUCGCCACAAUGUCCUCUGAGGAAGCCUGUUCAGUCCUAGAGGAUGUCAAUCCGGUUGAUCCGGACUUUGUGGUAGUUUCAAACGCAAUGCACAGCACAAUAAGGGAGCACAAAGAUGUGAGUGGGGGCGUGUUCAAAAGCUACAACAUCAUUAACAUCGAGAGAAUCCACUCGAAGAAGCUGUGGCGAAGGUACAUUCACAGAAGGCGUGAAAUACGAGACGAAAUAGCGGUGGACUCAAGUGGACAAUCAGCAAAUGUGCAGUCUAAACAACACCAAUCUAUUUCAACCCUUCAGAGAGACUGUGACGUGGAUGUGAAUGAACGUCUCUUAUUUCAUGGAUCACCUUUCUUGAAUGCAAUCGCCCACAAAGGGUUCGAUGAGCGACACGCGUUCAUUGGAGGUAUGUUCGGAGCUGGAAUAUAUUUUGCCGAGGAAUCCAGCAAGAGCAACCAGUACGUGUACGGAAUAGGUGGCGGAACAGGGUGCCAGAACCACAAAGACAAAUCAUGCUACGUAUGCAACCGGACCCUUCUUCUUUGUCGAGCAACUCUGGGUAAAUCAUUCGUGCAGCCGAACCCAAUGAAGGUAGCUCACGCUCCACCCGGCCAUCAUUCUGUCACUGGGAGUCCCUCGACUGGAGGUCUAUCAUACACAGAGUAUGUGAUAUACAGAGGUGAGCAGGCGUACCCAGAGUUCCUGAUAACGUACAGAAUAGUACCCACAUCACUGGCUCCGAUCGAUAACAGUGCAAACUCUAACGACAACAAACGCAGAACAGAAAGCACAUAAUGGAGGAAAAGGACUCUGUUCAGAAUAAUCGCUCAUAGCUUUUCAGACUCUAAUUGAAUUGUUAAUCUGUUAAUUUUCUACAAUCUGUUUAUAUGUGCUAUCUCUUGACUCAGUAGGUUUAUAAAAGUUGUUUGUUUUUAUAGUAGUUCCGUUUAUAUGUAAAGAAUAAUUAUCGGCAUUGUGCAAUGUAAUUGUUUUUAGGGUAACUUGCCUUGUAGUUUUCUAUCAAUUUAAUUUUUCUUCUACA